AUGUCGGACGGGUUCUCAUUAUCGGAUGCUUUGCCCACUGGCAAACAACCCCAAGGCUGGCCCUCCUGGGGGAACCAGCCACCGGCUCCUGGGGCCUUCCCGGUGUAUCCUGGCCCUCCGGGGACCUACCCUGGAGCACCAGGAGCUUAUCCUGGAGGACCAGCAGGACAGGGACCAUUUCCAGGAGCACCUGGAGUAUUUCCUGGAGGACCAGCAGGACCAGGACCCUUUCCAGGAGCACCUGGAGUAUUCCCUGGAGCUCCAGCAGGACCAGGACCGUAUCCUGCCCCGGGACAACCACCCAGUGGCUCUGGAUUUGGGCCUCCCCCUGAACAGGGAGGACCAGCUCCUCCCAUGAAAGUCCCCUUCGAGCUGCCCCUGCAGGCAGGACUUGUUCCUCGGCUGCUCAUCACCAUCACAGGGACCAUCAACCCCAAACCAAACAGGUUUUCACUGGAUUUCAAGAAAGGGAAUGACAUUGCCUUCCACUUCAAUCCCCGCUUCAACGAAGACAACAGGAAAGUCAUCGUCUGUAAUUCCAUGUUCCACAACAACUGGGGACAGGAGGAGAGGACAGCUCCCAGGUUUCCAUUUGAAGCUGGAAAACCCUUCAAGCUCCAGAUCCUCUGUGAAGUGGAUCACUUCAAGGUAGCAGUCAAUGAUGCUCACUUGCUGCAGUACAACUUCCGUGAGAAGCAGCUGAAGGAGAUCACCAAGCUGUGCAUCGCCGGGGACAUCUCCCUCACCAGCGUCAUGCCCACCAUGAUAUGA